AUGUCCGUUGGAUCACAGCCUGAUAGUCUUGGCUCUGGAGACAGUGUUCCCACGACAGUGUCAACGUCAAAACGUCUAGCUUUCGACUCUCCUGUUCGAUUUGCUUCCACAGUAACCACAUCAGCUGAUACUAUCUCAGGGUCUUCAUCUGCAACACCUCUACCCGCUGGCUCGCUGUCUGCGCAAGUGCCGAAAUUGUUCAAAUCAAGUGUGGAGCCGGCAUUCCCUUCAACACAGGCUACUUCCACACCACCUCCUGAGGAACCACAAGUGAAACAGACAGCAGCUUCCACUGAAAGUGCGCCAACUGGCCAGGUGCCAUCCUCACCUAUCACGUACUCUUUAGCAACAUCCUCUGCGGCUAGAAUCACCCCUCAUCAGUCAUUGUUUGGAAAAUCAGCGCCUGUGGCUGCUGCUAAUGCAAACGUGAGCACGUCAAGUGCGAAUAGCACAACCGCGGAAGGCAAGGGAAGUUGUGGAUCAGUAGUAAUCGAAGCAGAGCAGAGCAGCCAGGUUAGCGGAAGUGCUGAGGUGCGAGGUGUGGAACCAAAUGACGACGAUGGUGCUGGACAUAAUGAUUCCGCGGGGGAAUCUCGCGAUAGCGGCAGUGGGAUGCCGGUAUCAUCAUCAGAUGGUAGAAGAAAGAGAUCAGCAACGAAUGAGACAUCUAGCUGCGAGUCUAAACGUCAUCGUGAUAGUCCAAGUGAGAUUGUCACCAGCAGUGAAGAGCGUCGCGACUUGGGUGAUUAA